ACAAUAUUCUCCUAUAUGAAGAUGGCCAUGCUGUUGUUGCUGAUUUUGGAGAAUCAAGAUUCCUGCAAUCUCUGGAUGAAGAUAAUAUGACAAAACAACCUGGGAAUCUGCGCUGGAUGGCCCCUGAAGUAUUCACACAGUGUACGCGGUACACCAUAAAAGCUGAUGUUUUCAGCUAUGCCUUGUGUCUCUGGGAACUGUUAACAGGAGAAAUUCCAUUUGCUCACUUGAAGCCAGCCGCUGCAGCAGCUGAUAUGGCUUAUCAUCACAUCAGACCUCCAAUCGGCUAUUCAAUUCCCAAGCCUAUCUCCUCUUUGUUAAUGAGGGGCUGGAAUGCAUGUCCUGAGGGAAGACCUGAGUUUUCUGAAGUGGUGUCCAAAUUAGAAGAAUGUUUGUGCAAUAUAGAGCUGAUGUCACCAGCCUCCAGUAACAGCAGUGGUUCCCUGUCCCCAUCCUCCUCAUCUGACUGCCUAGUCACUAGGGGAUGCCCUGGGCGCAGCCAUGUUGCUGCUUUGCGUAGCCGUUUUGAACUGGAAUACGCCUUGAAUUCAAGAGCUCAUGGGGCAUGGUCCCAAAGCGCUGGUCAGCACCCUUCUCAAGGCCUUUCUCUGGAGGAGAUGAGAAGAAAUUUUCAAUACCCACCUAUUGACCGAAAUGGUUACGUGUCAGAUCCCAUGAGUACAAUGAGGUUUCCGUCCUGCAGCAACAGCGGCAGCUUUGAAGACAGUGGCUGACAGCAGGAAUGAUCUACCUGAAGAGAGAUUCUCCACCAAUUGGCAGCAACAAUUCUUCCUGUGUCGCCACGGUUCCCAGUCAUCAUACAUUACAGCAAAGAGCCUUAUGUUGGCUUGUUUAUUUACUGUUAGCUAAUGCUUCCCCCAUAAAUUACCCCUUAACCAUUUUUUUUUCCUGUUCCAGUAAUUUAAAGAAGGUGAGGAAACAUAAAUCAGCUAAGUUGCAGAAUUUGGGGGAGGAGGGUGUUCACUCUGGGAAUGUACUGUAUUCAUGCCAGUAAAAGUAAUUAGUGGGUCUGAUAUAUAUUUUCUCUAGCACGUAUGAAGAAAGGAGGGGAAAGUAAUUGUUACACUGUAGGAAAUCACAAUCUUAGGACUCCCCACAGUGGAUAAAUUACACUUCCUUUCUUACUUCCAUGGUAGUAAAGAAAAAUUAUUGUUCCACAUAUCCUGUAGGAUUUGUUUGCUUUCCUUCUUUUUCACCUACACAUCCUUCAAUCUCAUCCAUCAGCUAAGGUGGCUCUGUAGUCCCUUUUCUGGAGCUCUAGACCAGUCUUUCUCAACCUCAACAAACGUAAGAUGUGUGAACUUCAACUCCCAGAAUUCUGGGAAUUGAAGUCCACACAUCUUACAAUUGUUGAGACUGAGAAACACUGCUGUAGGCAAUCACCUGCCCUUCUAAUGUAAUAACCUUUAUAUCUUCCACGGGUCUUUUUUGCUUCAACUAUGUUGAAGCACCCAAUAAAUCAUCCAGAAAUUUUUUUUAAAUUAAUUUCUUGCAAACACUUUAAAUUAAAGCUGGAAUGCAAUGCAGCUUAAUGGCAUCAUUCUAAAUGGUUAACUGGCUAAUAUCAGAUGCUCAGGCAUAUCUUCCUUUGUUCUGUUUAGGGUUGCCAGUUUAUCCAUUUAUUUUAAUCUUCUCCUGAAUGAUCAGUGGGAUUUGCAGAUACAGUAUCAGCACAGAGGUGGAUGCAAUUCAGAGCAUAGGCUGUUUACAGUUUUUCUUGAAUUUUGUAUGAUAAUAUUGUUCCAAGGCUACAGUGAGAUUUAGUCGGAUUACUGAUCAGUUCCCUCCACCAUCAACAAGUUAGUCAAUUCACAAAGCUGCACAUGUUAUAGAACCUUAUUGUAGUCCAGAAGAAAAUAAGCAAAGCAUCUGACACCAUUUGGGAAUUCUUGCCUCCUUCCCAUACCCAGACCUAGAUAUCAUAGAAAUAGAUCAAUGAUAUUCUGUAAAUUCCUUAUUUGACAUUACACUGGCCUCUCACAUGAAAAGACCACUUAUAUGAAAAGGAAAAUGUGUAAAACUGCAGAAAUACAUUCUGACGAAGAAUGUCUACAUGUAUAUGUGUAUAUUUGGGUGUAGGAGUGGAUGUUCACCUCAGAAGUGAAAGCAGCAGCCAUGAUGAAAUGGAAAUAACCCCUGCCCCCAAGGUUACCAUUAAAAAAAAAAAAACUACAGGUAGUCCUCAUUUAAUGACCACAAUUGAGACUGGCAACUCAGUCUUUAA